AUGGCAAUGACUGCCACAAGAAUCCAGGCCCAGCCAGCCUCGAAUCUGGCGGAGCAGAUCCUGGCGGACUUCCAGCUGCAGGAGGCUGACCUGAAGAAGGUGAUGCGGCGGAUGCAGAAGGAGAUGGCGCGGGGCCUGCGGCUGGAGACCCACGAGGAGGCCAGCGUGAAGAUGCUGCCCACCUACGUCCGCUCCACCCCGGAGGGCUCAGAAGUCGGGGACUUCCUCUCCCUGGACCUGGGCGGCACCAACUUCAGGGUGAUGCUGGUGAAGGUGGGGGAGGGCGAGGAGGGGCAGUGGAGUGUGACAACCAAGCAUCAGAUGUACUCCAUCCCCGAGGACGCCAUGACUGGCACCGCUGAGAUGCUCUUCGACUACAUCUCCGAGUGCAUCUCCGACUUCCUGGACAAGCACCAGAUGAAGCACAAGAAACUGCCCUUGGGCUUCACCUUCUCCUUCCCCGUGAGGCAUGAAGACAUCGACAAGGGCAUCCUCCUCAACUGGACCAAGGGCUUCAAGGCCUCGGGAGCAGAAGGGAACAACAUCGUGGGGCUCCUCCGUGACGCCAUCAAACGGAGAGGGGACUUUGAAAUGGACGUGGUAGCAAUGGUGAAUGACACGGUGGCCACGAUGAUCUCCUGCUACUACGAAGACCGCCGGUGUGAGGUUGGCAUGAUUGUGGGCACGGGCUGUAACGCCUGCUACAUGGAGGAAAUGCAGAACGUGGAGCUCGUGGAAGGGGACGAGGGCCGCAUGUGCGUCAACACUGAGUGGGGCGCCUUUGGGGACUCUGGAGAGCUGGACGAGUUCCUGCUGGAGUAUGACCGCGUGGUGGACGAGAACUCCCUGAACCCCGGCCAGCAGCUGUACGAGAAGCUCAUCGGCGGCAAGUACAUGGGCGAGCUGGUGCGGCUCGUGCUGUUAAAACUCGUGGAUGAAAACCUGCUUUUCCGCGGGGAGGCCUCGGAACAGCUGCGCACGCGCGGCGCCUUCGAGACGCGCUUCGUGUCGCAGGUGGAGAGUGACUCGGGCGACCGCAAGCAGAUCUACAACAUCCUGAGCACGCUGGGGCUGAGGCCCUCGGCCACCGACUGCGACAUCGUGCGCCGCGCCUGCGAGAGCGUGUCCACGCGCGCUGCGCACAUGUGCGCCGCGGGGCUGGCGGGCGUCAUCAACCGCAUGCGCGAGAGCCGCAGCGAGGACGUGAUGCGCAUCACCGUGGGCGUGGACGGCUCGGUGUACAAGCUGCACCCCAGCUUCAAGGAGAGGUUCCACGCCAGCGUACGCAGGCUGACGCCCAGUUGCGAGAUCACAUUCAUCGCGUCGGAGGAGGGCAGUGGCCGGGGCGCGGCCCUGAUCUCCGCGGUGGCCUGCAAGAAGGCCUGCAUGCUGGGCCAGUGACAGCGGAGGCCGCCAGGCAAGGAGGAGGCAGUGGCUCGCUGGACCUGGGCCCCAGGGGACUGGCUCCCCACAGGUGCCCCCAGCCUCGCCCAGGAAAGAGGUCUCUCUUUGUAAGGACCCUGGACGCCUCCCAUCCCCACUGCUACCCUGAAAGAUGGGGAAAGGCCCGUGGGGGAUUUCGGGGCCACCAGCAGACCUCUUCUCUUAGAGGUGGUUGGUGGGACAGCCCAAGGCCCUGACUGGUUUGGGGGCUCAGGUGAGCAGGCAUGGAGACCCCCGAAGUCCCUCACCUGUCUCGCUGGAAUCAAGGACCCAGAAGGGAGUUGCUCACUCAGGACUUUGCUGCAUUUCUGCACUGCCUCCUCUUGGAGCCUUUGGCCUGACUCAGCCUUGCCUGGGCCCUGCUCUGGGAGGGUGCUGUACUCUGGACCGUCCUCCUGCCUGGGAACUCAACCCACUGGGGAGGCAGCCCUGCUGACCUGGCCAGACCUAGACUGGGGUUCUUGCCUGGCGGGGACCGGGAAAUGGGAGAGGACCACCUCCACGGUGGACGCUGCUUGGACCCUGAGACCUGGCGAUGGUGGCUUUUCUGCUCUCCUGUCACCAUCCAUAAGUGGUUUGUGGUUCUGGAAUGGACCCUCCCAGGUGGUGCAAGACACAGAGCCCCAGAGCCCCUCCCUGCCCAGAGGGACACGGGAUGAGGAGGACCCCCCCCCACACACACCCCCAGGCAGGCCUGGGAGCACCUCCGUGGUCGAGUCCUCAGCUCCCACAGGGCUGGCCUGGAAAGAGACGUCAGCACUCAGCACCCAAGGGACCACCCGGGCCUCUCUCUUCUCACCAGACCUCCAUGUGCCACACCAACCUCUCAUGCCCAACCUGGGACU